GAGGGAGCGGAUGGACUGUGCGAGAGGGCUGUCGUGAAUUUGUGAACAGAAAUUGCGAAGGCUUCUGAAUUCUGACCGGGGCGCCGACUGACCGGGCGCUGACACCAGAGGUCGUCUCAGCUCCCUGAGAGGUCCGCCUGCCGAUGACGCCGGUCGGCGAGGGGGCGCGCCGGGCGGCGCCCCAGUCCACCCCGCCCACCGUUCACGGAACGCUUGAUGCGAGACGUCCGUGCUCCAUCCACCAGUGAUGCCCAAGAAGAGGGCGACCGCCUCGCCCAAGGCGCGUGGCAAGCGUCGCCUGGAGGAGGCGGCGCCGGCGGCCGGCGCCAGCGCGGCCGAGGCGUGCGCCGAGCCGGACAGCAAGCGCGCCGGCAAGCUGGCCAAGGUGAUGGGGCGCGGCGACCCGGUGCCGUCAAUCAGCAAUGGCGGCGGGUCGGGGGCCGCGCCGGUGGCCACCAACGGGGCAGAGACUAAGAACGGCGAUGGGCCGCCCCCGCCGGCGCCGCCACCGCCGCCACCGCCUCCACCUCCGCCGCCGCCGCUGCCAGCGGUGUCGGCGGCGGCGGCUGUUCAGCCGGUCGCCGAGCCGAGCAAGCCCGUGCACGACGUGCGCAAGCUGCCCAAGAAGCGCAAGUUUGACCUGGCCGAGCUGGAGAGCAUGCAGCGCCCGGAGGUGCCGGCAGAGCGGGGCGCCGCGGCGCCGCCAUGGGACCAGGCGGCGGCCAGCGCCUCGCCGCGGCCCGCCUCGCCCGUACCGCCUCCCGUCCCGGCUCCCGUGCUACCGCCGCCGCCGCGGCCGACGGCGUCGGACGCCGCGCCCAGCUCGGCGCCGAUGUCGCUGCCCGCCGGCAGCCCGACAUACGUACUCUUCUCCAAGUGCGGUGAGCCGGCCGGCGGCUUGGGCCGACCGCAACCCUUUGCGCUGCCGGUGGAGGCGGUGGAGCCGGUCGUGUACCGGCCGGUGCAUCGGUACGGCCAGGACCUGCGCGCGGCGCCGCGGCGCGCCGCCGACGAGCCGCAGGCGCCGCUGCUGUCGCCGCGCCACCACGCGCCGCCCGUCGUACCUGUACAGAUCCACAUCCCCGAGCCCAAGUCGGCCGUCGGCGGACACUACGCGCUGUGCGUGGACGCGCCGCGGCCGGCCGCCAAGAUGGCGCACCACGUUCCGGUGCGGGACGCGCGGCUGGACGAGCAGCAGCGGCUGGCCGAGACGCGGCGCAUCCUGGAGAUGUCUCGCGACAUCGACACGCGACCGGCCGAGCUGCUGCACAAGCGGCCGCCGCAGACGGCGCCGCUGCCGUUAGUGAAACCGGACCGGCUGCGUAGCGCCGACGCCAGGCCGGCGCUGCUCAGCCCGCCGCUGGCCGAGCGCCGCGAGGCGCGCCCCGGCGUGGCGCUGGCGGAGUGGCGCGGCCACCGCGUGCUCGCCAAACGCGAGAACUACUACCUUCCUGGUGUCGUGAAGAACGUGCACCGCACCUGCGACGUGUCCGUGCUGUUCGACGGCCACCAGCAGCCGUUCAUCUACUCGAACGUGGUGGAGCCGGGCCGCUGUGACGUCAUCAGCGACGCGGCGCCGCUGACGGGCCAGGUGACGGGCACGACGCGGGUGGCCGUGCGCGUCGACGCCGACAAGAUGUUGUUCGUCGAGGGCGUCGUAACGUCCAUCAACCGGGCGGCGCACCAGUUCCGCGUCAAGUUCUUCUCAUCGGAGGGGCCGGUGGAGCGGUGGUACGCGCGACCGGCGCUGCGCGUCAUCCAGCCGCCCUGGUUCGAGGAGCUGGAGGAGGUGUCGGCCGGCGGCGGGCCCGGCGCGCCGCCGCCGGCAGCGCAGGUCACGCCGCCCGGCACCACGCCCGUCACGCCCAUCUCGGGCCAGUCGGGCUCGACGGCACCGUCGUCCGGCAGCGACGAGCUGCGCCGCGCCGGUUACGUCGAGUACGACAGCGAGGACGACCUCAAGCGGGAGGACAUCAACUUCGGCGCCGAUGGGCUGGCGCCCGGCGGUCGCUCGCUCAGCUUGACGCCUGGCUCGCUGGGCGCCUCGGUCCAGGUGAAGCGCUCCAGCAUGCACUCGCGCGGCAGCACGUCCAGCCUGGCCGAGCACGGCGGCCUGGGCACGCCGCGCUCGCAGACCGCCACACCCAGGUCGAACGCGGCCACGCCGCACAAAUACAACAAGGGUGACGUCGUGUCCACCCCCAACGGCAUCCGCAAGAAGUUCAACGGCAAGCAAUGGCGCCGGCUGUGCAGCAAGGAGGGCUGCAACAAGGAGUCGCAGCGUCGUGGCUACUGCAGCCGCCACCUCAGCAUGAAGGGCAAGGGACUGCGGUCCUCCUCCAGCCUCACCUACCCGGCCGGGGUCAAGCAGGAGGAGUGGGCAGAUGACGGCAGCGGCGAGUCGUUGCCCACCACUUCGCCCAGCUAUUCGUCACUGACAGAUCCGCGCAUGGAAGAGGCGGCCAACUUGCUCGUGUCGCUGGGCAACUCACGCUCGGCGACGCCAGCGUUCUCGGCGUCUAGCCCGCCGUCGCCGGUGCCGCCGUCAGCCGGGCAGCACCACUUCCGUCCGAUCCGGCAGGGCCAGGGCGCGCCGCCGUCCGGCCGCUGGCAGACGAGCCCGCAUCGGCCGCAGCUGCCCGCCCAGUACCGCUCUCAGCUGAUCAGGCCCGAGCUGGUGCGCCCGGACGCGCCCGCCGCCACCGUGAUCCAACAGGCCACCGUGGUCACCAGCGCCCAGGUGCUGCCGCCUGGCGCCAAGGUCAGCUCCGUCAUACAGGAGCCACGGCCACAGCGGUCCAUCCAGGUUAGCAAGGUGCUGGUGCCGCAGCAGGCGGGUCAGCCGGCGGCCGUGGCGCGACCGCAGCAGCCGGCCGUCAUCCUGCAGCAGGCGCUGACGGCGCCGGCCGCCUGCGGGGUCGACCUGAGCACGGCCCGAGCACUGCCGCCGCCGCCGCCGCCACAGCAGCAGCAGCAGCAGCAGCAGCAGCAGCAGCAGCAGCAGCAGCAGCACCAACAGCAGCAGCAACAGCAGCAGCAACAUCAACAAGUGCUGCAGCAGCAGCACCACGAGUUCGCUGUUGAGCGGCCGCCCCAGCAAGUCAACGGCUCGCCGACAAAAAACGGGGCAGCUGAGGGUGCCAGAGACAGGCGCGGCCUCCUAGCGGACGAGGGGGGUCAAGUGUUUGCCUGGCACUCGUUGAUUCCGUACCUGAAGCCGGCGGACGCGCCGGCCGGCGAGGAGGGUCCGCCGGCCGACCGGCAGCCGCCGCCCUCCUCCGGCGGCCACGGCGGCCACGGCAGCAACCACCGCAACGGCCACGGCCACGGCCACGGCCAGCAGAGCGGUGGCGUGUCGGAAGGCCGGGACAACGGCAGCGGGUCGCCGGCGCCACCGGCUGACGGACCGGUCGGAUCGCCCCAGGCCGCAGAGCAUGCGCAGGAGGAGCCGGACGCGGCGGACGUGGACGACGACGAUGACGUGUUCGCCAGCGACGCCGAGCCGAUGACGCCCAUCGAGAAGACGCCGCGCACCGCCAGCCUGGGGUCGGCCAGCCGCGAGGAGGGCAAAGUCUCGGCCAAGACGGGCAAACAGGUGAUACGGCGGCCGAUGAACGCUUUCAUGAUCUUCUCCAAGAGGCACCGGGCACUGGUGCAUCAGUCACACCCGAACCAGGACAACCGCACCGUCAGCAAAAUUCUGGGAGAGUGGUGGUACGCCCUCAAGCUGGAGGAGAAGCAGAAGUACCAGGAUCUGGCUCAUCAGGUGAAGGAGGCGCACUUCAAGGCACAUCCGGAAUGGAAGUGGUGCAGCAAGGACCGUAGGAAGUCUUCCAGCAGCUCUCUGAAGGCCGAGCCGGCCAGCGCCGCCCCCUCGCACACCGGUCCGACGCCGGCGGCGGCGGCAGCGGCGGCGGCGGCGGCGGUAGCAGCGACGGCGGCGGCGGCGGCGGCAGCGGCAGCGGCGGCGACGGCGACGAGGCGCGAGUCAACCGACGACCGGCGCCGGCGCGACUCGACGGUCGAAUCGGACGAGGAGCGCAUGGUGAUCUGCGAGGACACGGCCGACCUGGACCUGCUCUGCAAGGAGAACGUGGCCGACACGGACGAGAGUGACGCCGAGGGGCGGCCGGCCGCGGCUCCGGCCGCCGCCGUGCGGCCCAAGCCGAUCAAGGCGCGCCCGUCGGUCAGCGCCGAGGUGCCGCUCUAUAGUCCGGGGCCGGGCCGCGCCGGCGCCCCCGGCGGCUUCCAACCGACCGGUGGCGCGUUCAAGUCGAUGUCGCCGGGUCCGCGGCCGGUCAGCCCGGGGCCGCGCGAGCCGACGCGGCCGGCCCCGACCCACUACGCCAUCCUGAACACAGUGCCGCGACUGAACCAGGCGGCUGGCGCCGGCGGCGGCGCGCUGCUCACCAACCUGGUGCUCAAGACGGCGUCGGGCGCCGCCGGCGGUGCCGCCGGCCAGGUCAUCCUGGCGUCGCCGCAGGCCGGUCAGCAGGCGAUCCUGACUCCCGGCUCCAAGGGCGCGGGCGGCCAGCCGCUGCAGUACCUGGUCUCAUCGCUGGCCCUGCAGACGCCGGACGGGAAGCUGCAGAACGUGCUGCUCUCAAGCAGCGGGCUCCAGCUCAGCCUGGCAUCGUCCGGUGCGGCCUCCUCCAAGGUGGCCGACAACGGCCAUGUCACGACGCCAGGUGCCAUCUGUCUGGUGACGUCAUCCUCGUUGACGUCACCAGCGGUGACGCCAGGCCGGCCGUCGGACGGCUCGAGCUCCCGCCACUCUCGGGUCUCGGUGGUGGCAGCACUGUCGCGUUCGGCGUCCUCGGAGGCGACGUCCGGAGCGCAGCCGGCGAGCGGCGCUGCGGCGGACGCCGCGCAGCUCACCUCUGACCAGGAGCGGAUGCCGGCGCCGGAGCCGCCCUCCAGCACGGGCGCGCCGCCCGGCGCCGCCGUCGCCGCCGCCAAACGCAGCCCCGACCAGAUGGACAAAGUGCUGGAGCAGGUAAACUUCUCGGAGAAGUUCACCCGUCUGCCGCAGUUCCGGCCGGGCGAGAUACCGUCGCCGUCGGCGCUCAGUCCGCGGGUGGCGCAGACGCAGCGGCGCCGACGUGCCGACGAGAGCGGCUCUGAGGUGGACACGCCCGGUGUGGGUGGCACGCCCCGCGGCACCAACACGCCCCUGUCGGCCAGCCUUCAGGGCGGCCGCUUCUUCGGGCCCGACUUCUGCUCCGAGAAAAUCAAAGAGCUGAGCGAGUCGGGCGAGUUCUCGCCGUCGACGGCGGGCAGGUCGCCGCGUACCCCGCGUACACCCGGCGCCGACAAGUCCGGCUCGCUGCGUCGCAUCCUGGACCAGCGGCGCAGUCUGGUGCUGCAGCUGUUCCAGGAGCAGGGCUUCUACCCGUCCAGUCAAGCCAUUACUACCUUUCAGAAUACCCAUGCAAACUUGUUCCCCAACAAACAGAUGCUGAUCUUGAAGAUACGCGAGGUUCGACAGCGGCUGAUGCAGAACGUGGCGCAGGAGAGCGCCACUUCCCAGUCGGUGGAGACAACCGGUUGACGGCAACACCGCGGUGGCGCCGGCUGCGACCUGCCAACAGUAGCGCCGUCGAUAGCGGAGUGUUUGCCGACGGUGGCGCCGUCUAUAACUGACUGACGGCGCCGUGUGCCUGCCGUGUAGCCAUCGGUGGCGUGGCGCCUCUGGUGGCAAGCACGUUGCGCCACCACGCCCCGGCAGCGGCGUCUGCCGGCCCGGGCAUUGACAAGCGAGUACCUGACGAGCGGGAGAACCGUCCGCGGACCCUGCCGGGCGUUCGCGGGCCCACCAGCGAUGUCACCUGCGCGCGCGCUCUUCACUUCUGCGACGCUUUUCACUAGCGGACUGGGAGCCGUGCGCUGUUUUAGUUUGGUCACUGACGCGUUUGGCACGGCCGGACGUGCGCGGACUCGAGGCGGCCCUGUGUCACAAGACGGCCGGCGGGGCGGCGCCGCCGUGCCCUGGCGACAGCGGGAGCGAGCGGUGGCGCGGUACCGCAGCCUCCCCGCUCGCCAGGCGUCCUCCGGCUGUGGAAAGAGGGCCCAGAGAGGCCCGAUGGUGGCUUGGAAGAAUAGGCGGUGGAUACGGCGGAUACGGCCGGAUGUUCUUUAUAUGGAAAAGGAAAACUUUCUCUAAGCUUUAUCUGUCAAGUGGCAUCUUAGAUGCGUUCUACCGUGGUUGCGACGGCAGCUUUUAUUGGGCACAGUAUUGCGUUGUAAUAUUGUUUUGAAUGUUGCCAUACAAUGCCAACAGCAGGGCGGAGCGGCCGUAGAGGGCCGCCGCCCUGUCCGUGUGUCAUCUCCGUUUUGAAGGGGCCUCGUGACGCGUUACGAGCGAACCGGGACAGGGGGAGCGGGGAGGAUUGCAGUACUGGGACAGGGACGGGGACGUGAACCGGGACGAGACCGGGACUGAGACUGAGACCGAGGCCGGGGAACUGGGACCGGUGGACCGGGAUCGGGACCGGGAUCGGGACCGGGAUCGGGACCGGAGGGAGCGGGGAGGGCGGUGGAACCGCGCGGCAGCCGGCAAUCAGCGGGGCCGCGACUCGUCUAACUUAUGACUAUUUAUCGUGGGAUAAAACCAAACCAAAGCUGAGAUCUUCCUGUGACGGGCGGGCGGCCGUGGGUGGUUGGCCGAGCUGGGCGGCCGGUGCCGGGCAGCGCCCUCUGAUGACCGCGGUGCGCCGGGCCGGGCGGG